GUGAUUUUCUUCUGGAUCUUUUUUUCUUUUGUCAUCAUUAGCCUGCAGAGCACUUGAAUGUGGUUUAGGGCUUCAUGCAAACUACGCAGGACCAAUUGUAGGUCAAGAAAGCCUGAUCAGCAACACAGACUGAGAAAACCCCACUGACUCAAAAUUCAUAAUGAGAGCUUUUAUGUAGAAAGUUGUUGGGCACAGGGAUUGUGCUGAAAGGACUGUUCGUUCAGAGUCUCAAGAGCUUUUCUUGGAAAAAUAUCAGAUGCUCCACUGGGAGCUUAGUUGAAAGCUACUCCUGAGCAGCACAGUGGACUGCCAGUAGCUGGGAAAGCCUGAUUGGAGGGAAAAUGGAGAGCAACGAAACAGUGGUUUUCUCUGAAUGCCGGCAAUAACUCUAUCCAUUUAAAUUCUGUGUAAACCUUCCAGUACGUAAUAUUACUGUACAAGACCUUCUCUAGGCAUCUUUUCAAGGCAGACAUCACACAGAGGAACCAUUUUUUCAUUGGAGAUUGGCCACAGGAAUGCAAGUUUUGGCUGAUUCCCCACUUUCUGCUAGACUUUGCACUGGUGUGAAGUUCCCUCUGUGUUGAACAUGGCCCCGAUGUGCCUGCGGCCCCUGCUGCGGUACCGCUCCUUCGCCAUCCUCUUCCUCACGCCGCUGCUGCUGCUGCCGCUGCCGCUCGCUGUGUCCACGCGGGAGGCCAAAUGUGCAUAUAUCAUCAUCAUCAUGGCUGUGUAUUGGUGCACUGAAGUGAUCCCCCUGGCUGUCACUUCCCUCAUGCCAGUGGUAUUUUUCCCUCUGCUUGGAGUUCAGAGCUCUAAAUCAGUGUGCUUGCAGUACCUCAAUGACACAAACAUGCUCUUCGUUGGAGGGCUGAUUGUUGCAAUUUCUGUUGAACAGUGGAAUCUUCACAAAAGGAUUGCACUGAGGGUCCUUCUGAUUCUUGGGGUGAAACCUGCACUCCUCAUGCUGGGAUUUAUGAUAGUCACUGCCUUCCUGUCCAUGUGGAUAAGUAACACAGCCACCACUGCCAUGAUGGUUCCCAUUGUCCAGGCUGUCCUGGAUCAAAUGGACAACACAGAGUAUGAUGUGACCAUGAUGGAACAAGCAAUUGGGCAAACAAAUACAGUGAUCGAGCUGGAGGAAAAGAGCACAUCAGAUCCUGCUGCAGUGUGUGUCGUAAGCAAUGGACAAGUCCCUGAUGACCCCAGAUCUUCUGAGGAAAAGAAAAUGCGGAAGCGUAUAUGCAAGGGAAUGACACUUUGUGUGUGCUAUGCUGCCAGCAUCGGAGGAACUGCAACACUCACUGGAACAGGACCCAACAUGGUACUGAAAGGCCAGAUGAAUCAGUUAUAUCCCAACAAUAAUGAUGUUGUGAAUUUUGCUUCCUGGUUUGGAUUUGCAUUCCCAAACAUGGUUCUGAUGUUGGUGCUAGCUUGGCUUUGGCUACAGUGCUCCUUCAUGGGACUCAACUUUAAAAAAAGCUGGGGCUGUGGGACAGAGAGAACUGCCAAAGAAAAAGCUGCGUACAGUGUGCUGAAGGCAGAAAUGAAGAAAUUAGGCCCUAUCUCUUACGCUGAAUUCAAUGUCCUCCUCAUGUUUGUGUUGCUGGUGCUCUUGUGGUUUUCUAGACACCCAGGCUUUGUAAAAGGCUGGGCAACUAGGCUCUUCCCAGAAGGAGAAAAGUAUAUCACUGAUUCUGCUCCUGCUGUGUUUAUCGCCCUGCUACUGUUUAUCCUUCCUGCUCAUAAGCCCAAAUUCAUAGCAUGGAAUUCAAGCAUGUCUGACCCUGAACAGACUGAAGAAGAUAUAAAAAAGCCAUUUUUAUCAGCCCCGCUGCUAGACUGGAAUGUGGUUCAGAGGAAGAUGCCCUGGAGCAUUGUGCUGCUGCUGGGAGGAGGUUUUGCUUUGGCUGAUGCAAGUGCAAACUCUGGUCUCUCAGCUUGGCUGGGUCAUCAAAUGACUCCUCUGGGAUCUAUCCCCCCAUGGGCCAUUGCAACAGUGCUCUCGCUGAUUAUCGCUGUCUUCACCGAGUGCACCAGCAACGUCGCCACGGCCACUCUCUUCCUGCCUGUCUUUUCAUCCAUGGCUACAUCUGUCAAGAUCCACCCUUUGUAUGUUAUGCUGCCUGGUACUCUCAGUGCUUCCUUUGCCUUCAUGCUACCUGUUGCAACACCACCAAAUGCAAUAGUGUUUUCCUAUGGCCACAUCCGUGUUUUGGAUAUGGUUAGAUCUGGAAUAGUGAUGAACAUCAUUGGAGUCUUCUGUGUCACACUGGCCAUCAACACAUGGGGAAGACCUAUGUUUGAGCUGGACACAUUCCCAGCCUGGGCAAACAGCACAAUGAACCAGUGAACAGUGAAGAAUUCGUGUGUUAAACAAGGAAAGCACCCUUAAUACUACUCCCUAUUGCCCGAAGUCCUGUAUAGAGUCUCAUCACCACUUCAGAUCCAGUGUUAGGUGUUUGCUGCCUUCCAGCAGUUACACCUCAGUUCAGGCUUGACCCAACUCAAACUUACUCCAGUCGUGCUGGAGCCAAAAGUGUUGUUCAGCUACACAACCCUAAGGAACAUGUGUCUAGAUCAUAAGUAUGAUCACGUGAUCCAUUGUACCUCCAAUCAAGGUCAAGAAUUAGAAUUUAUUGAACUUUCCAUAAAGAGAAGGGAGGCUGUUGUAUCAAAUGGUUUGAACUUUUAUAUCACUGGCAUGUACUUGUAAAUCAUUAGCAUUGAACACUGCACUCAGGCAGGGGCUGAAUAUUCCUUGACUAUUUCUUAUAUUCACAAGUCAGCAACCAUACAGAGAAAUCACUGUGAUCACUUGUUUAGGGAAAAGGGGAAUGCUGCAUUAUGCUGUGUUAUGUUUGAGUUAGGCCUCAGCCAUGUGGUGGGAUCCUUCCAAGUCAACAUCCAACAUGCUUUCUCUUGCCUUGUUUUCACUCCCAAAUCUCACUGCAUUUAGACACCUUUAUUGAGGGCUGAGAUAACAUAAUUCUGUGCUGGUCAUGAUUCAGCUGAUGUCUUGGGUAAGGAUGCAUUAAGGCUGGCUCUCUGUUUCUUGCACUGUGGUACUGUCAGGGCCAGGAGCCUUUUCCUCUCUCAGCCACAAAUGUGGUUUCACAUGCCAACUAGAGUUUUCUGAGUGCCAGCCUGGAGAUGACCAGUGGCCUACAGGACUUCACACCUAUUGCCAAAGUUCCUGGAUUAGCCCCUGAUGUGCCUUAUUAAUUAACUCUGGAAUUUUGGAGUGAAGUCAAGACAUGAGAAAGGCUCUAAUUGAUGACCUGGUAAAAAUUUAGGGACCAGAUGUUAAGGCUUGUGCUGGCUGACAGCAAUGGGAGUUGUUUUGUGUACUUUGGAAUUCAUAUCUUGGGAGGAAAGUGUUUUGUAGCACCUCUUUAUGCCAUUUAUGGAACUGAAGUAACCUACAGAAUGAUUGUUAUUGUGCUGGGUGUAUUUUGUCAGUGGUACGUGGAUGCUUUUCGUUCAGCCUUGGAGAUGGAGGUGGGUGGGAGAUAAGGCAGUGUCUUAUAGCGGAGAGAUCUGUGGCUGUGACCUGAGUUCUGCUCCCAGACUUUCUGUGCAGCCCCAUGCAAGUCAGUUCACCUCUUUUUGCCUAUUUCCCCUCCUGAAGAAGAUGUCAUAGAACCUAUCUACCUCACCAAGGUGGUGUGAGGACAUAAGGGUCAAAUUCUGCACCCACAGUGGUUUCCCACCUCAUGAUAAGGUGCAAGGUACAAGUUGUAGAAUUAUAGAAUUCUGUCCGGAAGAUCUGGCAUAUAGCAUAGUAGUGUGUGUAGGAUAUUUAAAUAGUUUUCUUAUGAAUGUGAAUGUUCUUUAUGGAACUGGAAAAAUAUUCACAUUUUUAUCUAAAAUUGACGAAAGUAUUUAUCCACAAAAUGUCCAGGUGCUUUUCUAAGCAGAAAACUGCUUCAGCAAUUGAUUUUUGUGCCUUUAUCUUCUGUGCUCUUUCAAGGUGCUAAGCACCAUAAGCUCUCCACUGACUGUUGUUCCUGGGUGCCUCCAGUAGCUCCCUGUCUGGCUGCAUGUGGUGCAGUGUCAUACCUCUUCCAGGGAAUGGUGGAGCAUGUGGAUAAACACAGUUCCACUUGCAGAGUGUAUCUAAGGAAGAGGCUAGUUCUAGGGCCAAGAAGUGGCUUGGUCACUGAUGUUUGUCACCACCUGAAACUUAUCACAGUAUUUGCUUGAAGAAAGUGAAACCAGGAACAACUGAGCACCUUCUGUGCUUUAGCAGUCACCACUCAAUGCUAAUUUGCAGGUAUCUAAACAUGAUUGAGAAAGGGACUUUUUCUGCCUUCUGAUUGACUUCACAGUGUGAGAACAUAUAACUGCUGCCAGGUACUCCAUGGUGCUUACUCUGCUCUAUUGCAAGUAAGAUACAGGGGAGCUUGCAUAGGUGGGUGACACUAAGCUUGGCUAUUUCAGUUCACGCAGACCCAAACUCCUCUAAAACCAGUUCCAGCUAAAAGUUGUAGGACAGACACUUCCCUGUCCUGUUUGCAGAAAGGAACGUUCUGAAAGUUGCCCUCACCCCAGCUUCCCUCUGUUGCUGGGCAAGUAGGAAGCAAAUGCUAUUUUCAUCAACAGUCACACAGGGUGAUUUAGCGUCAGGAGUGCUGGGCCAGGGGAAGCAUACAUGUGCGGUAAUAGAGUGUUGGGUUUAUUGUAACUGGGAUAUAUUUGCUGUGUCACCUCUCUGUAUACUGUUAAUAGCAAAGGUUUCUUUUUGAGACACUUUUUUGACAUCCUGUGAUUGAUUUGUAUUUAAUUUAAAUGGGUGGGUUGCAGAAUUAGAGCCUGGCAAAUAAAAACUUCCUAGAACUGUC